AUGAGCUCUAUCUCUCUGCCACCCAUCUUACUAGAGCUGCCCCGUAACGCGGUCGUGGCCAUUCUCCUACCGCUUGUCUUGGGCUCGCUGAGUGCAUACCCAACUAACAAGAUUGUCGAUGGACCCUGGUACAGGGGUUUGAAGCAUCCCUCCUUUGAACCGCCAGACGCAACAUUUGGCAUUGUCUGGCCAAUCUUGUAUGCGAGUAUGGGCUGGGCCUCUCAUCUGGCUAUCAAGGCCUAUGAACAGGACCUGACUCUUCGCGGUAGAAUGGACGCAUACACUGGCCUCAAGUUGUAUUGGAUUCAGCUCGGGCUGAACUUGGUAUGGACACCCAUCUUCUUCUUUGCAAAGCAGAUAGGACUUGCGAUGGUUGACCUCGUCGCCCUGACUGGCACCGUUUAUGGGAUGACAUUCGUGUUGCAUAAUGCGACGAAUGGAAAGACUACGCUCUUCCUGGCGCCCUAUUGCGCUUGGUUGACCUUUGCCAGCUGCGUCAACUUUGGAUUUUGGUAUCUGAACCGAGGUCGUUCGGGAUUCAAAGACGAGUAG